AAAAUCAGAAAGGAGAAGGAGAAACCGACACCAGAGCCAGUCUCGCUUCCCUUUGUCACGUGCUCUGCACGCUCAGUUCGUCGAUUUCUAAUUUUCAAGGUGGGUUUAUCAGGCUAAACCAACAACAGGGAAAGAGUGGCAUGAGAAUCAUCGUCGAGAUUUGAAAUUCUGAGGAAGUUAAGUGGCAGAAGCUUGAAGCUGAUUUGAGCUUCAUUGAUUGGGAAUGGCGAUUGAGCUCAAGCUUUCCCGAACGAGUCGCGUGUAUCGCCCUUCUGAAGCUGUUGAAGGCAAAAUCAUUGUCAAGUCUAAUUCUUCAAUUUCCCAUUAUGGAAUACGUCUCAAUGUCAAUGGAUCCGUCAACUUGCAGGUUCGUGGAGGACCACUAGGGGCUGUCGAAUCUCUUUAUGGUGUUGUCAAGCCUAUCCCCAUUGUCAGGAAUAAGACUGUUGAGGUUAAACCUUCUGGGACGAUCAGUUCAGGUACAACAGAGAUACCGUUUUCUGUGAUUCUCCGGAAGCAAGGAGAAGAAAACUUAGAAAAAUUUUAUGAGACCUUCCAUGGAGCCAAUAUUAGUAUUCAGUAUUUGUUAACUGUAGAUAUAAUGAGAGGAUACCUCCACAGAUCAUUAUCUUCUACAGUGGAAUUCAUAGUUGAAAGUGAUAAAGGUGAUCUUCUUGAGCGGCCAAUUUCUCCUGAGGUGAUAUUAUUUUACAUUACUCAGGACACUCAAAGACAUCCUCUACUUCCUGAAUUGAAAUCAGGAGGAUUUCGAGUGACAGGAAGAAUGACCACGGAAUGUGUUAUAACAGAUGCCAUUAGUGGUGAACUCACAGUAGAAGCAUCUGCGGUUCCCAUCGGUUCCAUUGAUAUACUCUUAUUUUGUGUAGAGUCAAUUCUUCUCGGGGAGAGAAUUGCGACUAAAACAUCUCUUAUUCAGACUACCCAGAUAGCAGAUGGAGAUGUUUGUCGGAAUAUGACACUGCCCAUUUAUGUUAUACUCCCCCGCCUUUUAACUUGUCCAACAAUUUUCGCCGGCCCAUUUUCAAUUGAAUUCAAAGUUUCAAUAGUGAUAAACUUUCAAUCAAAACUGUCCAAGUUACAUUCGAAAUCUGAUCCUGGAACUCCUAGAUUGUGGUCGGCGAUGGAAACUUUACCACUUGAACUGGUUCGAGCAAAGUGAGAUGUAGUGCAAGAAUGGGAGAUGAAUGGAUGUGAAUUCUUGAAAGAGUGUUUUUGUUUUUAGGCAAUGCAAAUUCAUUGUCAAUAAAUGUAACUUCUGCAGUGUUUUCUUAUGUACUAUGCUUUAUAAAUUUAUGUUCUCAUUA